AGCAGUAAAAGUAGAAGAAGGAGAAGAAAUUAGCCAUGAAAUUGCUACAAUUGCAUUGCGUAGAGCAGUUCAUUUCUUCUCAGCUUUACAGGCUACUGAUGGACAUUGGCCUGCUGAAAAUGCAGGUCCUCUUUUCUUUCUUCCACCUCUGGUUAUGUGUAUGUAUAUCACUGGGCAUCUUAAUACUGUAUUUCCAGCUGAAUAUCGGAAGGAAAUUCUUCGGUAUAUAUACUGUCACCAGAAUGAAGAUGGUGGAUGGGGUUUGCACAUAGAAGGUCACAGUACUAUGUUCUGUUCAGCUCUAAGUUACAUAUGCAUGAGGAUCCUUGGAGAAGGACCAGAUGGUGGCAAAAACAAUGCCUGUGCUAGAGCAAGGGAAUGGAUUCUUGAUCAUGGGAGUGUCACUGCAAUUCCUUCAUGGGGGAAAACUUGGCUCUCGAUUCUUGGAGCUUUUGAGUGGUUAGGAACCAAUCCAAUGCCCCCGGAGUUUUGGAUUCUUCCAUCUUUUCUUCCUAUGAAUCCAGCAAAAAUGUGGUGUUACUGUCGAAUGGUUUACAUGCCAAUGUCUUAUCUCUAUGGGAAGAGAUUUGUUGGUCCAAUCACACCUCUCAUUUUGCAAUUGAGGGUUGAGUUAUAUAGUCAACCAUACGAUCAAAUUAACUGGAAAAGAGUACGCCAUUUAUGUGCAAAGGAGGAUCUCUAUUACCCUCAUCCAUGGGUUCAAGAUUUGAUGUGGGACAGUCUCAACAUAUGUACCGAGACUCUAUUGACUCGUUGGCCUUUCAACAAGCUGAGAAAUAAAGCUCUUGCAGUUACCAUGAAACAUAUACAUUAUGAAGACGAGAAUAGCCGAUACAUCACCAUUGGAUGUAUUAAUAAAGUAUUGUGUAUGCUUGCUUGUUGGGUUGAGGAUCCAAAUGGCAGUUAUUUCAAAAAACAUCUUGCUCGGAUUCCAGAUUAUUUAUGGGUAGCUGAAGAUGGAAUGAAAAUGCAGAGUUUCGGUAGUCAAGCAUGGGAUACUAGUUUUACUAUUCAAGCAUUAUUGGCCUGCGAGAUGAAUGAUGAGAUAUUAGAUACUCUGAGAAAAGGACAUGACUUCAUAAAAACAUCGCAGGUGAAGGACAAUCCUUCUGGUGAUUUUAAAGGGAUGUAUCGGCAUAUCUCAAAAGGAUCGUGGACUUUUUCAGAUCAAGAUCAUGGAUGGCAAGUAUCUGAUUCCACUGCCGAAGCAUUAAAGUGCUGCCUUUUCUUCUCUACAAUGCCUUCAGAUUUAGUUGGUGAGGCAAUCGAACCUGCACGACUGUAUGACUCAGUGGAUGUUAUUCUUACCUUCCAGAGCAAAAAUGGGGGUUUAGCAGCUUGGGAGCCUGCAGGUGCCUCACAGUAUUUAGAGUUGCUCAAUACUACUGAACUUUUUGCGGACAUUGUCAUUGAGCAUGAGUAUGUUGAGUGCACUGGCGCAUCAAUCCAAGCACUAGUUCUGUUUAAAAAGCUAUACCCUGGACACCGGACCACAGAGAUUGACAAUUUCAUUGAUAAUGCUGUUAAAUAUCUUAAUGAUGUACAGAAGCCUGAUGGUUCAUGGUAUGGUUCCUGGGGUGUGUGCUUUACAUAUGCUUCCUGGUUUGCUCUUGGAGGGCUUGCUGCAGCAGGCAAGAGUUACAGCAACUCUGCAGCUGUUCGUAAAGGCGUUGAAUUUCUGUUACGAAGUCAAAGGUCUGAUGGUGGUUGGGGAGAAAGCUACCAUUCUUGUCCUGACAAGGUAUAUAGAGAGCUUGAAACAGAACACUCAAAUCUUGUACAAACUGCAUGGGCAUUGAUGGGAUUGAUUCACUCUGGCCAGUUUGAUAGAGAUCCAAGACCCCUCCACCGUGCGGCAAGGCUGUUGAUUAAUUCUCAGAUGGAAGAUGGUGACUUCCCACAACAGGAAAUAACUGGAGUUGUCAUGAAGAAUUGCAUGUUGCACUAUGCAGCAUAUAGAAAUAUAUUUCCAUUGUGGGGUUUGGCUGAAUACCGCAAAAAUGUCCUAGUACCAUUGAAAAACAACUAAAUAUAUAUUAGCUGACUAUGUGUAUUAAUUUAUGUUGGAAAUUAGUUUAAAAAACGAGUUCGCAAGAUUUAUGCGCCAAUAAAAGUUGAGAUAUACAACAACAACAAUAUAUCAGUAUAGUUCUAGAAAUGAGUUUGGAGGAGGAUAUAUGCCGACCUUCUCUUUAUAUAUUUAGCUGUUAUAUAGAGGUUGUUUUGAUCAACAGAUCCUUGACUUAAGUUGAUACAUAUAUGUCUACAAUAACAACAUAUCUAGUGAAAUCUACAUGAAGUAUCUAGGGAGGAUAGAGUAUACAUAGUCUUUAUAACUACCUCGUAGAGAUAGAGAGACUAUUCCAGAUAGACACUUGACUCAAAAGAAAAAAAAGAAUUUGAAGCAUGGUUAUUAGAAAAUAAGAUGGAAAAAUGCAUAAACAAUAGAUAGUAAUAAACACUGAAGGACAAAUAAACUAUGUGAUUACUAAAUAAUAUUAGUAUAAAGGAGAAACAAAAGAGGAGGUUAGCCCUCUGCCUCCUCACACAUGAAGUGCGAUAUCAGUUCACUACAUACUAGCCUUCUAUCAUAAUCAUCGUCUGCCAUACCUUCUCAUAUAGAGUAAUAUCCUCAAUAAGUUGAGGUUGUGAUGUGUCCCUUCUAAUCACCUCUCACUCAUAUUUU